AAAAAAUCUCUCGAGCCAGCCCGAUGGCCGAGGCCCCGACGCCCAAGCUCAUGGCGCUGAGCGACCUCAAGGCCGCCCAUCGCCGCAGCCUCCAUGCCAUCGCCAGCAUCGCGGAGGAAGAGAUCGGCGCCAUGGCCAAGACCGCGGCCGGCACGACCGCACCCGUCAAGAACCAGAGCGCGAAGGCGAGCUUGCUCCAGGCCAACGUCAACGAGAUGUGCGCGGCGACGUACACGCAUCUCUUCCGCCACUACUUUCCAACGUCUGACGCUGGCAAGGAGGCCAAGGCCGCGAUCGACCCGACGCUGCUUGCCCGCAUGCGCGAGCUCGAGGAGCAGAUCAAGGCGACCGAAGAGUCGAUCCAGGGCUACCGGACGCAACUGCCCAUCAAAAUCCGCGAUAUCGUUCAAACCGACUUUGACGCUAAGGCCAAGCUCACGGGCGUCAAGCGCAAGCUGCCAGACGUGGCCGCGACGCUCGUCGCGCCGACCCUCCCCGACCUCUCGGACGUCCAAGCCUCGUUCACGCAGACAGCUGCCAAGAUCCACGAGCUCAAAAACACCUGCCCGUCACCAUCCAAGAGGCCAGCGAUACGAUCCGCGUGAUUGAGCAUGCCAUCAAGCGGCCGAAAGCCCAUAUCGACGUGCUCAUGGAGGGCAGUUCCACGACGGCACCGACGCCGUCUUUGCGGGCGACAGUCGCGGCCAUGCUGCAGCAGUCCUAAUGGAGCUUGGCGAGGCGCUGCUUUUGGCGACUCCGAAACACGUCGUUGGUCGGACGCUUGGCCAUGAGAUUGACUAGACACAAUAUAUAGCUUCUUGAUACCUUCCAAUAUGAUAUAUACACAUACCUCCGC